AUGGGUAAUCUAAGCCAACUUGCAGAGUUGUCCCUGGGCGAUAACCAAUUAACAGGUUCCAUUCCUGCAGCAUUGUUUAAUAUCUCGUCGCUUCUUGUUGCAUCUCUGGUAUUCAAUAGCCUUUCUGGUCCUCUCUUUCUUGAUGAAGGAAAUAUUAUGUCAAAUUUAGAGUUAUUAAGUAUAUCUAAGAACCAAAUAAAUAUUGUGUCAAAUCUAGAGAUAUUAAGUAUAUCUAAGAACCAAAUUUCUGGUGGCAUUCCUUCCCACAUUUGCCAACUCACAGAGCUCAAAAUUUUGUCCAUAUCUUUCAACAACAUAACUGGAGAAAUACCAAGAGAUAUAGGUUGUUUAGCCAAGCUCAAGGUGUUCUAUAUUGCAGAAAAUUUCAUAAGUGGGACCAUUCCUGCCUCGUUGGGCAAUAUUUCCACUCUGCAAUACCUUGAUUGUCCAUACAAUUGCAUAGCCGGGCAAGUUCCUCCAGAAUUAGGGAAGCUAUCAAAUUUGAGGCAAUUAAGUUUUGAACAGAAUUAUAAUCUUAUUGGUCAAAUUCCGAAGUCUAUUUUUAACAUAUCUUCUUUGGAAAUCAUUGAUUUCGCUUUCAACAACCUCUCAGGUAGAAUUCCAGCCACUACAGGUCUUCAUCUUCCGAACCUUAGAGAAGUUUUAUUGGGAGAAAAUCAGAUCAAAGGAGAAAUUCCAUUGUUCAUAACAAAUGCUUCCAAGCUUGAGACACUGUCGCUAGAAAAUAACUUUCUCACAGGAACUAUUCCUACUAAUCUGGGAAAUCUUCGAGAUGCACACAUCAGUGGCUUCAUUCCCACUAGUACAGGCAACAUGAGCGGUCUUACCAGACUAGUCUUUCAACAUAACAACUUGAUGGGAAAUAUUCCUCCUGAGAUUGGUAAGCUUAAACAACUCCAAGGGCUAUAUCUAAGAAACAAUAAAUUACAGGGGCAUAUUCCAGAGGAAGUAUGCCAUUUAUCUAAUUUGGUUGCAUUAACUUUGGAUCGUAAUAAGGUCUCUGGAUUAAUUCCAGAAUGCUUUGGAAAUCUUAGCAUGGUACAACAACUUUAUUUGGGUUCUAAUAAAUUUUCAUCAAAAUUUCCCAUGAGCCUUUGGAAAAUGAGAGGUCUUCUCUAUCUAAACGUGUCACGAAAUUCCAUUGAGGGAGAAGUUCCAUCAGAUAUUGGAGAACUGAAAGCCAUUGUAUACCUAGAUCUUUCUGGUAACCACUUUUCGGGGAUGAUACCAAGCAAAUGUGGGGGCCUCCAAAACUUGGAGUCUCUUGACCUAUCGAACAAUUCAUUUUCGGGCUCAAUUCCAUUCUCCUUUGUCAACUUGUUAAGCUUGGAAAUCUUGGAUUUGUCUUCAAAUUUCUUGUCAGGUACCAUUCCUAGGUCAUUGGAAAAACUCUUGUACCUUAAAGCCAUCAAUGUUUCAUUUAAUGAUCUCGAAGGUAUAAUACCUAGUGGUGGUGUGUUUGCAAAUUCCACUCUGCAAUCAUUUCUUGGGAACAAAGGUCUAUGUGGAAUGCACAUAUUGAAAGUUCCUUCUUGUGCUAUCACUAAUCCUGUACAACAAUCAAAGUCUAAGGUGCUUGUGCUAAAAAUUGUUACUCCAAAGGGCUAUUUCAUUCUUUCUGAUAUUCUUGUUGGUCUCAAUUUGGAUAAUGAAACGAAAGAAGAAAGGAAAGUCCAAAGAUGUUGA